AUGACCACUCGCUCAAAGCAUAACAUCACUAAAACCAAAACAUGUACAAAUGGCACCAUCAGAUAUCCUUUCCCAAAAGCCCUAAUUGCUGAAACCGAUUCUCUAAUGGUUGAACCAUCGUGUUACACCAACGCGGCCAAGCAUCCUCAAUGGAGACAUGCUAUGAACCAGGAAUUUGAUGCAUUACUCAGAAAUGGUACCUGGAUUCUUGUACCUCCCACCGAUGCUCGAAAUGUAAUUGGGUCAAAAUGGGUCUAUCAGAUAAACAGGAAAGCAAAUGGCGAUGUGGAACGCUACAAGGCAUGUCUAGUAGUCAAAAUGCCUCAGUAA